AUGGAUGGCAGUACAGCAUCAGCAGCUCGCAUGCUUUCCUUCAGAGGAUCCAAGGCCUUAAUGUAAGCCCUGAUGAAUGCAUUCUAUCGUUUGAUCUGAUUGCUCUGUUUUCUUCAAUAUUACAUAACUUGGCGAUUGAGAGCGUAGCCCGACGCCUAGAUGAAACUCCAAGUGGGAUUCUAACACAGCACGUUUAAGACAUGCUUGGGCUCUUCCUUGAUUCCUUCUUUCUUCCUUCUUCAACUCGAUAGCAAGUAUUACCAACAGGUCAAGAGCAUCUCAAUUGGUCCACCGAUAUCGGGGUUACUCGCCGAACUAGUCUUGUAAAGACAAGAAAAAACUGUUAUUCAAUCCAUCAGACCAAAGAUGUGACUCCGCUACGUAAAUGAUACCUCCGUAGUCAUAAAAAAAAACUGCGAAGUUCAACGACUGCGCCAGAGUCUUAACGGUGUCUUCCCCGCCAUGCAAUUCACUCGCGAAGAAGCAACAGGGGACUUCUUCCUUUUCUCGACGUCACUGUACAAAGACUGAGUGAUGGCGAUCUCGCAACCAGCGUCCACAGCAAAGACUCCAAUGCCGAAAUCAUUCCCAACUAUAGGAGCGACCAUCCUGCGGCCCACAAAAAAGCUGCGUUCGAACUCUUUUUCACCGGGCCUUUGGGUACUGUAGCAGCGAGUAUCUACUCAAGGGAGAACUAGCCUACUGCUACGAAUUAUUCCGAUCUAACGGAUAUUCAGUUAGUUUAGUGAAAAAUCGCCUCGGACGUCAGAGGCAACCGCAAGAUCGGAGUUCAAGUGGAGAAGCGGUACAGAGGAAAUAUUAUUCUUUGCCCUACAUACGAGGAAUUCAACCCCUUUACUUUGUUCAAUAAGGUCUCCCAGCUGGGUCUUUUGGUCGUUUCUGCUGGAGUAUGUUUUGACAAUCAUUCCUCGGUCAGCUUUUCCCGGAAAUUCGGAAUCUGCUUGAAGCAGGUCUUCUAAUCCCGCAUGAAGCAUGCUUUGGUGAGGACAAGUACGCCGCCGUUAAUUUCAGUUUGCGAAAAAGCGUGCUUCGCCUGUCAUCCGUCCACUUUAAGUACGCAUACCUGGCUCAGGUCUGUGUGGACACCUGGUCGAUGCAAGUCACCUUUUGUGAGCAACAGAUCCUGGCGGACAAGGCAGACUAUGAAACCGGUAAACAUUUAGUACCCAAAGUCAUUUGCCCUGGAGCUGAUGUUUUCUGAGAUUGUAGAUAGCAUACUAACUUGAUCAGGCUAAGAUCACGUCCCAUGUAGCAUUCCUACCUGCGCAACGCUCAGUGAUAGCUGAUAUGCAGAGUGCGAUCAACGCUCUUCUCCGACGACUAGAAGUCGAAUGUGGAGUGAUAGUCGUACCUAAGUCAUUUUAGUCAUUUAUUCUGGAUGACUGGGGAGACCCUUGUUAUAUCACCGCAGAUUUUAACCUAUUUGCGACUGAGUAGCCUGCUUACAGGCCGAGAAUAUCGGAUGUUCGAAAACAGAUUCAGUUAAUUAUCGAAGCAGAUGCUGUACCACUUUGAUUAUGGAACCACAUCCUUUUUGCUGAUAUCGGGAGGGCUCAGGGUACCAUGUAAAUGGCCUUCACCCCACCUAUUCUAAUUGUAAGACGAGAUAUAGAUACUGUUGUUCCUCUCGGAGCUCCAGGCGGCGACAUCGCGAGCAGAACUCAACCAUGGGUCGUAAAUAAUUGCGCUCCUCGUCUACUCAUUUAUAAUCUUCCUAUUAGGUUCUCGGUCUAUUAAAUCGAAAGAACGGUAAACUUACAAGUACCCCGUGUAUUUUAUCUUCUGUCGUCGGUCUGUAUUAUUUGCUUCUGGCCAACGUCACCGUUCGACGGCACUUUCAGCAGGAUAGUUUCUCCAGAGCGGGGCCCAUCCCACUAGGUGAGAGCUGAUACCUUGCGAAGUUGAACGCGACGCGGACUCCUUCUGCCCAACCACGUUUCAGUCUCCUCCCCCCCCCCAAUCCCAUUUAUACCCGUGUCAGCACAGACGAAUGGAAGCGCCAAGAGGGUCUGCCUGAUUUGCGGGUUUUGACAUACAGGCUGCUUGUGCCGCUCUUAUGUUUGACCCAAAGGACAUCGUUUCAGUGCAGAAAAAAUCCAAAAUUGUGCCUUCUUUUUGCUUUCUUACUUUUCUCCUCUGUUUUUCGCCGUAUGAGAGUUUCCAUUUCUCUCAGCACUAAAAGCGCCAAGGGCUCGAUUUUUUAAGACGUCCCUUGAAGAAAGGGGCGGGUGUGAAGGCAUCAGCUUGAUGAGAUGACAUUUUCGCGCUCAGCGGAGGUAAUACUUUGUCGAUACAAAGGAAAACGCGACUUCGUGGAAGCAGUUGCGAAUUGGCAGAUGCGAUCUCACCAAGUGCGACCAUCUGUGACGAAUUUGGAAGUCGCCAAUUUUAAUAGUUUUGCAGGGACGUAACAACUUUAGGUUAGAUCGCAGUUGGUAGCCAGGAAUGGGGAAGCGGACGGCGACCUUAACCCUAACCUUAAACGCAACCCUAAACAUUAACCGUUAACCCUAACGGCAACCCUACCUCUAACCGAAAUCAUAAACGUAACCGUAGCCCUUAGACAUAGCCGUUACUGAAAAACCUAACCGUAAUACUGAACCCUAAUCGUACGCUCAAACCCUAACCGUGACCUGAAAACCUAAGCCUAAAUGCAUAACCCUAACCCGAAAAUCGGAAACUAUUAACCGGUACCCUAAUCCUAACCUCAACCGUAAAACGGAAGCCAAAUGCGUCACAUGUGAUUACGGAGCCCCACAAAAUAGCCCCAGUAAACAAACUUCCAACCACCUUUAAUACGGGGCCUGGCUACCGACUGCCCAACUGUAUCUUAUAAAUACCACAACUCUGCAGACAUUCAGUGCCGUGAUCUGAUGCUGCCUCUGAUGGUAUGUUCGAUAGUGAAUCCUAAAUGUCAGGCGAUCGCGUCCCCCAUCUCGAGGCAAAAUCGACUGAGUGUAUGAAGCAGAAGGGCUGCUUGGAGACUGCUUUAAGUAGAAUUGUCUGGGGCUCCAGUACAGGGCGGAGAAUCACUGAGGUUGUCGUUAUACCGGCGGGUGGAAGGUGGUUGUUCUUGCUAAACAGUGCACUUAUGCAACUUCAGUGUAAGUAUAAUUCAGUCAUAUAGUCCCUGCUCAGAUGAAAUCAGGAACAAAAGUAAAAGUUGGUUGGGAUACCUGGGAUAAGAAUUAUUCUAGCUCUGCAGCCGCCGCUGCUGCUGCUGCUGCUGCUGCUGCUGUGUGGGGCUUGUGACCGCCGGGAAUCCUCCAGAUAACUCACGAUGACUAGUUCGUAGUCUACUUGUUCAAGAAGACUGGAAAUGGUUCGCCAUAGUGUGCGCAGUUGCUUCAGCCCCCUACCUCCUUCCCCUUCUUUUCCUCCUCCUUCACCUCCUCCUCCUCCUCCUCCUCCUCCUCCUCUUCCUCCUCCUUCACUCCCUUCUCUUGCUCCUCCUACUUCCUCUUUUCCCCCUCAUCUUACUACUUCUGCUCCUCCCCUCCCCCUCCUAUUUCUCCCCCUCCGCCCCCUCCACUCCCUCUCGUCUGCUCUCCUCGCCUUUCUACUCUUCCUCCUCCUCCAACCCCUCCACCUUCUCCUCCCCUCCUUCUUCCUCUUAUUUUUCCUCCUCUUCUUCCUCACCCCCCCACCCUCUCCAUUCCCCCCUCUUCUUCUGCCCUAUCCUCUACCCCUUCCCCCUCCUUUUCCUUCCUGCUUCUCCUCUUUACCCUCCCUGGCAGGACGUAUGA